GUCUCGUAUUCGACGGGGCAGAUGGCAAUAAAACCCUCCCCGGCAUUGGCUCGGUUGCCGAGAUGAUGGGUGCCAGGCCCAUGGGUCUGGGUCUGACAUUAAGUGUCUUUGGAAGAGGUGGCGAGGGAGUAGUACAGCUAGGGGCAAACCAACCCCUAUCAUGGACGAUCACUCAUCCUUUGCGGGAGGAUAUGCUCUGUUCAGUGUUCACGCGCCUCGGUUAUCUGGUUGACUCCACCCCGAGGGAACAUGCUACUGCCAGUCUAGCAAGUAGUGUCAUGGUGAACCUGGCCCUGCAAGUGUUAACCUGUGUGUAUGGAGUACCCACGAGGAAGUGGAUAGAAUGAAGCACGAUGCCCAGCGUGUACCUGGAGGGCCUGAGCGCCAUGAAAUCACGAUCGCACACAAUCACGCAGUCACUCAGUCACACCAAAUGGAAAUAAUAAUGG